UUUAAACCUGGAUGCUUUUUCUAUGGAUGAACACCUCACACCUUGACGUCAUAUCGUCACCAGACACAACUGACAAAACGUGUGUGACAGACGAAUAUGUAAGCAUAGCCGUCGACUAAAUUCUCAUCAGUACACAUGUAUUCCAUCAUCUGCUAUGGCAGCCAGCAUGAACACGGGCCCCAGUGCCAUACAUAGGUUCCUGAUAGGUGAAAGUGCCGACCCCACUCCCUGUAUAUACGUGUACACCAUGAUGACCCUGAGCCUGUUUCCCCUACUCUUAGCUCUGACUGUGGUGGAUACCCAGAGUCCACCGCCCUUACCCUGCACCGAUUACCUGCCUAACUGCGGCGCCUACAAGGAGACUGCCUGCACUGGGGACUACGAGUCGUGGGCUAGAGUCCACUGCGCGCACAGAUGUGGCUUCUGUGGUGCGCCCGCAGGUUCGAUGGACAACAGCAAUGUUUUAGGAUGAAGAGGGACGUCUAGAUUCUAGACUAAAGAUUCUCCCUGAAAUAAAUGCCUUUCCAACAUAA